CGCAUUGUGCCACAGAGAUCAAGGACGACAACGACGCCUUAGUCGCCAAGGAAAAGGCGUCGGAUACAGAGAAGGAGUCGGAGGAUGACGAAGGAGAGCUGGUCACAUCGGCGAGCAAGGGCAAGAAGAAAGCGAACGAUCCAUCGCCGCCUAGGCCCAAGCCUCGCCCACGCAAGAGGAAGGCGACUGAGACCCCCGAGAAGGAGGCGAGCGAUGACGAGGCGAGCGUGGAGCAGCCCGAGAAGAAGAAGGCGAAGACCCAGCUGGCAAGUAAGCCAGCUGGUCAGGACGCAUCGGCAGCCGACGCCGCGUCGACGAGCGCAAGAGGAGGUCAGACGUCUGAGGUGUCGCCUGGACGCAAGCGUGUUGUCAUACCGGAGGUGGUCAUCCAGUCCUCGCCCCCGGUGUCGCGCUCGAAGGCGCCCAGGCAGGAGGAGGACCUGGCUGCAUCCCUUGGUACAAAAUCAGCCAAGCAGACGCAGGGCGUUGCGAAGCCUCCGGAGAAGAAGACUUUCCUGCGUCUGGAGGACAGUGACGAGGAGAAUGAGGACGAUGACGAGGACGAGGACGAGGACGAGGACGAGGACGAGGAAGGUUCUGGACAGGGCGCAGGUUCGCCAUCCAGAGCAGGAAAGGGUGCAGCAAGGCGUACUCGUCGCGUCAAGAUGGAGUCGAUGUCCCCCAUCCACGUCCCGGACGACUCUGACGACGAUGGCAGCGAGUACAAGGUGUCGAGUCACGACCGAGAGGAGGACGUUGACGAGCUUGAUGGCGACGUGGACAUGGAUGACGAGAUCGUCGUCAAGGUCAAGGACAAGCCUCAGCAGAAGAAGAAAGAGAAAGCCCAGAGCAAGGGCAAGCGCAAGGUCGGCCGGCCUAAGAAGGUCAUCGACGUCGACAACAACGUGCUCGAGACGAUGACGCAGGAGCCGUUGAAGAGCUUCCUGCACCACGCCCAGCAGGAGUUCCGCGUGUACCUCAGCUUGGAGAACGCGUGGCCUCGAGUCAUGAAGGACGGUCGUAUGGAGAAGACCGAGAAGCCCGUGGAGAUCAUGAAGAUGCUCAUGGAGAAGCACGAGAGGUACAAGACCGAAAAGUUCUUGACCGCGUACAACAGGGCGUGGGCGGAUACUACAGUGACUCGCGGGAGGAUGAUCCACUAUGUGGCGAAGGUGUCAUCUCAACUUCGUCAGGAAGUCAAGCAGAAGGCAAAGCGCGUCGUCGAGAAGAACUUCCUCGCGUUCAAGGUGCCGCAACACGGCUCUGACGGCAAGAAGCUCAGCAGUGCUGCGUACAACGAGAAGACGGCGAGUCACCUCGAGGCUCUCGUGAAGUUCUUGAAGCAGGACUUCGCGUUCCAUCACGGCAACUUGGAGAUGCCAGAUCCGAUGGUGGAUCCCUCGCUGUGGGUGGCCAACCUGGACGCUCCCUUCCACAACGAGGCUGUGGCUGAAGUCGCAGCUCGUCAGUGGUGGUCUGGAGCUCAUCGGGAGGCCAUGCGGCCUGAGAACCACGCGCGGUUCGACAUCAACAAGCAGCCCCUGUCGAGCAACAUGAUAGCUCUGGUCUGCUCUGCGAUCAUCGUUGCGCUGGACGAGGCCGUCAAGGUGAACGUCACCGUCAGCUUCGACGAGAAGACGUACGCCACCGAGCACGAUCGUCUGAAGGUCAGCAUCGACAACCUGCGGCGCUGUGCGGACCCGAGUGACCCGUCGAAGUACGACGAGGGCUGUGCUCGGUUCUGCAAGUCAAUGGAUGAGACGUUGGCGAACACCAUACGGAGGCUUGCAGGGAUCUCGAGCACGAGCGUAGACGACGACGACGAGGCAGCUGAGCCUACGGUCACCCGUGGCAUUCCUACGGCCGCGAUCUCGCGCAUCUCCAAGCUGUGGGCGCCGAAGAACACUGGCACGAAGGCUAGUGACGUGCCUGCGGCGGCCUCGGCAAGCGGCUCAGGCCAGCCUGACGAGCGUGAAGAGGAUGCAGAGGCCCCGUCGACCGCGUAG